AUGGCGUGGAAAUCAUCCAAUAAUAGCCAAUGGGAAUCAAGUCCCGAACCCCGACCUCUUUUCCAAGAAGUACUCCGUUGCUUUCCGAUCAAGCGAUACAAAAAUUCGCAUCUCGAAACCGGCGAUAAGAUCAUCUUACCGCCAUCGUCGUUUUCGCUAAUUCUCUACAAUAGAAUCCAAUACCCUCAAGUUUUCAAGCUCCAAAGUUACAAAACCAACGCAAUCUCCUACUCGGGGGUGAUGGAAUUCGAUGCGGAAGAAGGGAACGUCUAUUUGCCAGAGUGGACGAUGCAGAAUCUGAACAUUCAAGAGGGCGAAUCCAUCGUCGUGAGCAACGCAUCCAAUGUAUCGAAAGGGCACUACAUGAAGCUGCGGCCCCACAAGACGGCGUUCACCGAGCUUGCGGACCCGAGGGUUGUUUUGGAAAAGGUGCUUAGGGAAUUCACGUGCUUGGGGCGUGGGAGUACGAUCGUGAUAAAGUACAAUCACGUGGAUUUCUAUUUUGAUGUCUUGGAGGUGAGUCCGGGUGAUGUGAUUACGUUGAUUGAUACUGAUUGUGAGGUGGAGUUUGCGCCGUCGUUGGAAUAUUACGUGGAGCCUCGAUCGGACGGUUGUCGUUCGAUCGAGAAAGUUGGUCGUGUUGAAGAUAAGGAGAGAGAAGAAGGGAAGGGGUUUAGGCCCUUUACCGGAGAGGGGCGGCGAUUGGGUGGGAAGACUACGGUGGCGGUGGUGGCGAAAUUGUUGUCGGAGAUUGCGAUGGAAGAGGAGAAGAAAAGAAGCGGGAAAGAGGGAGUGAAAAAAGAGUUCAAACCCUUCACGGGCAAGAGUUGUGUUCUUGGAGGACUGUUAUUUUGA